CAAUGCUUCCCAUUAAUAAGAAAGUAAUUAAUCAUGUGAUGAUAUCAUUAUUCCAUUAUUAUAUAAUCAGAGUCCAUCCAACCCCAAUGUUAUUCUUCUUGGAGAAUUAGAUUGAUGGCUGUUAACUGUACUUCUUCCACCCAAAUCCCCAUUCAGAAAUAUGGAUCAUUUCUCAAUUAUCCAAACAAAGAAUUCAUUUCAAAACGCAGCUCUGUCCCACUGAGAAAGGCAUCAAUACUGAGGAUCACAGCAUCAAUCAAGAACAAGAACAAGGUCUAUGAGGAUAAAUCUCAGGGCAUAGUCUGCUACCAAGAUGAGCGGGGAGAAAUAAUUUGUGAAGGGUAUGAUGAAGGGCCUUGUUUUCAAAGAAUUUCAAAGCGAACCUAUAAUCCAAGAGGUUGUACUGGGUUGAGAGAUGCCCAAGUCACGAAUCUUCUUCUUCGACAAAGUUGGCUUCAGAUUGUUAAAGGAGAAGAACUCAAUGAUGCAGUUGAAGACGUUUGUCUGCAAGAGGACUUAAACUGCAAUGGUUUUAACUCUUUCUACUAAUCACCUGAAUCUGUUAUUGUCACCCUCACCCAGCAACAGUUAGUACUAUGUAUCAGAAAGGAUGGUGAAUCAUAGUGCACAUGUGCAGUGGGUUUGUUCCUGAAGCACAUAUUUCUGGCAAGUUGUACAGGCUCAUAUUGGCAAUGCUUUUCAUAAUCGCCUUUUCUUUUCAACCAGUUGUUAGUAUUAUUAUAUUAUCUGAUAGAAAAAGAAAGGAAAACGAUGACUACUUCCUAAUC